AAAUCGCGCCUCCAGCAGGCGCCACUAAUGCGCAACGCAUGCGUGCGCAAAGCAGUCGGCGCGGCCAUCAUCCUUUUUUCGCGUGUUCUCAUCUCCACAGGAUGGCACCCAGGUACGAAUUGGCCAUCGGCCUCAACAAGGGUCACAAAACCACCAAGAUUAGGGUGGCGAAAAACAAAUCCGAGAAGGAGAAGACCGUUGCCAUCAGACCAGCCAGGCUAAAGGGGCGUCAGACCAAACACAGCAAAUUUGUGCGAGACUUGAUCCGUGAAGUCACUGGACAUGCUCCCUAUGAGAAGCGCGCUAUGGAGUUGUUGAAGGUUUCAAAGGAUAAGCGUGCCCUCAAAUUCUUGAAAAGGAGGUUGGGUACUCACAUUCGCGCUAAGAGGAAGCGUGAGGAGCUUGGAAACAUCCUUGUACAAAUGAGGAAGGCCGCCGCACAGCAUCAUUAAGUGCUGUUUUGUAUUUAUAAGGAUUAUUUACUGGAUCAAUAAACACCUUUGACACAA